AUGAAGGACGACACAGACGCCAUCAAGGCCAAAAUCCAGGAUCAUUUAGUGUCCCUGGGGAAUUACGAGAUUAUCUCCAAGCAGCUUAAGCUUAAGUUGUACGAGGCUGGCUGGUUUGAUGAGAUCUCCCAGGUCGCCAGUAAAGAGCUUCAAAAGCCAGGACUGGAGGAGAUGAAUUUUGAAAACUUGUACAACUUUUUGAGGCCCAAGGCUGAAGAGAAGGUGCCCGAGUCUGUGAAAGAGGAUGUUUUGAACAGGAUAAAGGAGUAUCUUGACGAUGCGAUCCAGUACCCUCGGGCUCUCCGCAUCCAGGCUCUCCGCUUGGCCUCCACCAAGCAGAUUGGUGGUGGAGGAGUUCCUGCCAAAGACUUGACCCCAAGAAAGUUGGACACAGACUUCACCCUCAUGUCCGAAAAAACUGCAUCGUCGCCAGUCGACUACGCCUUGACGUCGCUCGACGCCAUUGCCAUGUGGGCGAGAAAAUCGUCCUUUUGGCCCGUCACUUUCGGUUUGGCCUGCUGUGCCGUGGAGAUGAUGCAUGUCUCUGCUCCCAGAUAUGACCAGGAUAGAUUGGGUAUUAUUUUCCGUGCCUCGCCACGUCAGUCGGAUAUCAUGAUUGUGGCCGGUACUGUCACCAACAAGAUGGCUCCAGCAUUGAGACAGGUGUACGACCAGAUGUCUGACCCUAGAUGGGUUAUUUCCAUGGGCUCGUGCGCCAACGGAGGCGGCUACUACCACUACUCCUACUCGGUGGUCAGAGGCUGUGACCGUCUUAUUCCAGUGGACAUCUACGUGCCCGGCUGUCCUCCUACGGCCGAGGCCUUGAUGUACGGUGUUUUCCAGUUGCAGAAGAAGAUGAUGAAGACGAGAAUCACCCGUAUGUGGUACAGAAACUAA